AACAAACUCAUAUCAGUGUUGUUCCCUAUCCCCAUCACCCCAACACUCUCUAUCGUUCUGUUAUCUUUCAGCUCCCUCUUCUCAUCCUUUUGUGCGACCACAUCCUUCUUUCCAUUCCAGAUAACAUGUACCCCCCUGUCAGCUUUUCCUGCACUGAUUUGAGUUGAGCCCUGGAGGCGUCUGGGCUUGUUGAUUCUGUUCAAUCAUCUCUCACAACCUCUUUCAAAUUUGGGACCGAAAUGGCGUUAUCAGCGGCCGAUCUAACAAAAGUGGGGCUGAGACACGGCACUCGGUCGGUGUAAGUCAAGAUGGCGGCUCUGCUGAGCGAUACAAAGUUGAUGGCAUUCGCCACUGAAGCAUCGCCAAGAGAAUUGAUAUGGAAUUUGAACAUUUCAAUAUCAAUCUCAUGUCAGGGACAAGGCACGACGUCUCACAGCAUCAUCAAGGUAUCUGACGCUAUCGCAACUUGGCUUCUACCAAGUCAUGCACCAGAACGGGGCGUGGACGGGGCAUGACUGAUUUAGACUUGGACCCUUUGAGACCCUCAGAGAAAACUCCUUCUGCAAUAAGAACGGCACUGGCUAGACUGGACUGGCCACUGGUGGUCUCUUGCUUGAAUACGAUAAUCCACUCCACGGUGACUUACAUUGAAUUUUCGGUGUUGUCGGCAGAUGAAAAACAAAAUGGAUCCUCGAGUGCCGCCGUAUCCUCUUCUCUGUUACAUAACAAGACUCCAUCGUCAGAAUUCUCUUCCCAAGUCUCCUCUUUUUUACGUCUUCUUUUCUCCUAGACUGGCAGACUGGGCUUUCUUUUACUUUUCUGCUGCCCCUCUUUUCACUCGAAGCCUGCAGCUGAUCAUUCUUUUAACCUUACGUUCUUUCAAUAGGCAGUUGUCCUUCGUGCAUAUACGCCACAGACAGCCACGAUGUAUGUACGAUAGACUCAUACCUCAGAGUCAUCAAUGCAGAUAUUAUGCGUCUCGACAAGUUCCACUACUAACAAGAUCGUUUAUUGUUCUGGAAUAUGUCGCCUGAGAUGAUGUGCUUUUGCCAUGUCAAUUGACCUCUUCUCAGUCCCAUGUCACUAUCUUUGUCAUCACGAAUCUUUCGCCAUCCCGAGAUCCGAGUCGACUCAUCUUCACCCUGGCAGCUUAUCAACCACUCAACCCUGAUAAACCAACACUUAAUCAACAAUCACGCAAGAAAAAGGGGAUUUCUCUUGAUCCGAAACCUCCGUAUCUUUCGACUCAUUAACUUUGUCUUCUUGCUGGCAUUGGCUCAUAGUUAAUGUUUGAUCAUAUAGCCAAGUCGAGACCUUGUUGCUCACUUUGCUCUUUGAGCACAUCAUCAGAGGCAUGACCAUGGCGCUGAACCAUAAUCCCAUGUCUGGCAAAUGGAAUUUGGAGAUGCCAUGAUUCUCGCUACUGGGUGAACCCUCUUGAACUCACGUUGCCCCCUUUACAUGGCCAAGCUUCUGUUUUGGUCUUGGUUCAUCAUCUCUCUCAUUCUUCUUAGUUCUUAUAGUACAAUCCAGGACUCUGCUACAGUCGAUCAUUGACGUGUCAUGAUUGAGGAUCGUCAUAUCCUAGCUCACUGAUGGCCAGGCUCGGAACUUUUUCUUCCACUCGAAUGUAUGUGUUUCGCACAGAUCGCAGGGCAUGCCCAUGCAAGACCAUCUAUAGAAGCCCGUACAGGCCCUACCAGCUUCCAUAGAUGCCCUCAGCCACAGGCUCCCUACCUACCUACCUGCCUUGUCCUUCUAGGCGCGCGCUGCAAUCUUGUUUCAGAGAGCAUCGCGACAUUCUACGGCGGUGUGGCGAAAUUCGGAAACAAAGCAAAACAUCCUGCCUCGCUGGUGUUUCUGGCUCGGCCCAACGGGCACAAAUAUGCAGCUAGAAGAUUUUGCAAGGGAGAUGAUAUCUGGUUCUCGCCAUAGUGGCAGAUGGAUGAGGAAUCAAGAUCAGGAUCUUUUGCAUCGUAGACUGAGCUGGGCGCAAUCUUGAGGUCGGGUUUGUCCCGACUCUUGCGCGAUGUAGAUGCUUCAGCGGUGAACACGUGAAUUAUGCAUGAAUUGAUGGUGAUGAUGCGCAUCACCACCAUUAACGGAGGACUCAGCAUGGGGGCUUCAGAUUGGAAUGUGACACAGUCAGAUAACCCAUGCCUCACUGCAACCUUUCUAUCAAGUAUCAACGAUGACCGAUCUGACAUGCAUUUUGACGCGAUCACGACCCUUCUGAUAUACUUCGUGAAGCUCAAAUAUGCGUGCAUAAUGAGUGUAUAAUCUGGUAUUAGCAUUUGACGCUUCAUCAACAGCCUCGGUGAGAUGGCCGAGUUGGUUAUG